AUGGAUGGCCCUCGCUCCGGCAGCGCCCUGCGCAAAAAGCGGAAGUCUCGGGCGGCGCGCGACAAGGUGCGCGGGCCGGGGCGGAUGCCCAACGGGCACACCAAGUCGUCGGCGGCGGCAACAGCCACGGCGGCGGCCACGGCGGCGGUGUUUGCGAAGGCGGGGGCGACGAUGGUGCGCUUCUCCUCGGAUUCGGAGCGGGAGGGGGGCCUGGGCCCCGCGGUGCCGUCCGCCCGCCCCCGCCCCCCGCCGCGCAGGAAGCGCAAAGAGUCCACCUCGGACGAGGAGGACAUCAUCGACGGCUUCUGCAUCUCGGGGUUCAUCUCGCUGGAAGCGCUGGAGAAGGACGAGAGCGGGAAGCCCCAGGAUCGCACGGAGGAUGACCACAACAACCUUGCAGUUCCCCUGCACAAGAAGAAGGUGGCCAGGGUCCCUAACGGCUUGACCCUGGAUCCCUGCAAGAACAACCACCACCACACUCACCAGUACCACAACCACAACCACAACCGCCACAACCACAACCACCUGCCCUCGGACCAGGAGAACAACAACCCCCGCCUGACUCACACGGCGGGCAAGAGGAAGAAGAAACACCUCCACAAGAAACACACCGCGCUGAGACAUGGGCAGAACAACUGCAAGGACAGCGACAGCGGGAGUGUGAGCGGCGAGUCGAAACCGUCCAUCCGGAGCAGCUCCAGGGACAGACUGACAGACUGUGACAGUGAGAGCGACCAAGAAGACAAGGUUUCCGAUGCCGGUUCGGAGAAAUUUUUCAGUACAGCUGCAGUCAAAGUUCCAGAGUUCGGCGUUGAUGUGCCCACCAAUGGCAGCCAGGAGCCCCAGGGGCCGGCCCCACUCCAGGUGUCAGGCCUAGAGCGCAGUCAGGAGCGCAGCCAGGACAGCUGCAGGGAGCCCCCGGCCCUCCCGCCCACCAGCGCCACCGCCAAGCCCACCCCUCCAACCCCACUCCCACCCCCACCUCCGCCACUGCCCCCGCCGCCGCCGCCGCCGCCUAGGCUCCCCAGCUCCGCCUACUUGCCCCCGCGCUCAGAGGCUCCCCCAAAGCCUCAGACGCCCGCAGCCCUGCCUCUCGCCCAGGGUCCAGAGCCCUCGCUGGCCCCCCGGCCCCGGCUCCAGCACCAGGCGGACCCCCUCCUGCAUCACCCCAGGCCGCCGCCCACGCCCAGCCUGCAUCACCCCCAACCGCCGUCGCCCGCCCUCCCCGGGCACCACCCCAGCCAGGCGGGACCCCACCGCCCCCCCUCACGCUGCCACCCCAGGCCCCUGUCAGCCUACAACGGCCACAGCCUGAGCGGACACAGCAGCAGCCGGAGCAGCACACCGGGCUCCAAGAUCCACGGGGCCCCGCCCGCCGCCGCCGGCCCCCUCCACCUGCCCCACCCCUCGCCGCCCCCCAGCGCAGCAGCAGCAGCAGCAGCAGCAGCGGCCUCCUCCGCGUCCUCCUCCCCCUUCCCGCUGCCCCUGGCGGCCCACCAGGGCGCCCCCCCCCACGGCUUCCCCCAGGCCCUGCAGUCCUCGCCGCUCCCACACCACCCCAAUAUGUUUGCACCUCCAGCUGCCUUGCCUCCACCACCGCCACUGACGUCUAGCGCCCUGCCCGUCGCCGGACACCCCCCCGCUGGGAGCCCCUACUCAGAACAAGACCUCCUACGGCAGGAGCUCAACACGCGCUUCCUGGCGUCGCAGAGCGCCGACCGCGGGGCCUCGCUGGGGCCGCCGCCCUACCUGCGCACCGAGUUCCACCAGCACCAGCACCAGCACCAGCACCAGCACACACACCAGCACACCCACCAGCACACCUUCACGCCCUUCCCGCCGCACGGCAUCAUGCCCACGCCAGCACCGCCCAUGGUGCGUACCCCCACCAGAAACUUUGAAAAAUUCCCAACGAAGGUGGACCCCUUUUACAGACACAGCCUGUUCCACUCCUACCCUCCGGCCAUGUCUGGCCUCCCCCCGGUCAUCCCUCCCACCGGCCCCUUCGGCUCAUUGCAAGGAGCCUUCCAGCCCAAGACCUCCAACCCCCUGGACGUGUCCAACCGGCCCGGAGCCGUACCCCACACACUCCUACAGAAGGACCCCAGGCUAACGGAUCCAUUUCGACCUAUCCUCAGGAAACCAGGGAAGUGGUGCGCCAUGCACGUCCACAUCGCGUGGCAGAUCUACCACCAUCAACAGAAAGUGAAGCAGCAGAUGCAGGUCGACCCUCAUAAGCUGGACUUUGGCCUCAAACCCGAGUUCCUGGGUCGGCCGCCGGGCCCCAAUCUCUUCGGGGCCAUCCACCACCCCCACGACCUGGCCCGCCCCGCCACGCUCUUCUCAGCCGCAGGCCCCCCACACCCGGCAGCGGGUCCCUUUGGCCACCCUCCCCACCACCCCGGAAACUUCCUCAGCCCCGCCUCUCACCUCGAGCCUUUCAGCCGGCCUCCUUCAUUCGGGGGACUGGGCACGCUCAGCUCCUCAGCCUUCGGCGGUCUGGGAAACCCAGCACUGAAAUCCCUCACGGCGCCAAACUCCAUGUUCGGCCAUAAGGACGGCCCCGCCGGCCCGCCGCAGCACUUCAACCCCAACGGGCCCAGCGGCGGCCAGCAGGAGCCCUGGAACCGGCUGCACCGCACGCCGCCCUCCUUCCCCACGCCGCCGCCCUGGCUCAAGCCCGGCGAGUCGGAGAGGAGCGCCUCCGCCAGCUCCCACGAGAGGGACCGCGACUCGGACAAGCGCGCCCCGUCGGCCAGCAAGGACGACAAGGAGCCCAGGGAGUCCACGGAGAAGCGUCACUCCAGCCACCCCUCCCCGGUGGCCGUCAGGUCCCCCGUGGGCUCACUGGGCCACGGCCGGGCCCCUGAGCAGCACCACAGGAACCACCAGCUCCCCGGGGAGCCCCCGCGGGACAAGGACCUCAAGGCCCCCAAGGAGAAGGAGCGGGAGCACUCCGACGUGUGGAAGGAGAGCCACGGCGAGGAGCACAAGCUGAAGGAGAGCCAGCACGGCGGCGACAAGGAGGCGCCGGUCAUCCACGACGGGCGGCUGUCGGAGAACAAGACCCCCAGCCGGGCCACCCCGUCCCCCUACGUGCGUCAGGCCAGCCUGGAGCGGCCCCUGAACGGCAGCCUGGGCCGGGACGUCCUGGAGAGGAAGGGCGAGCCGGCCUACGAGCACCAGAAGAAGAACAGCGAGGUGAAGGUGAAGGAGGAGCGGAAGGAGGAGCCCGAGGCGCCGCCACCGCCGCCACCGCCACCGCCCGCUCCCACCCACCAUCCGCCUCCCGUCUCCAUGGGGAUCCCCAUGGGCAUGGCCGGCGUGCACCCCAUGAACAGCAUCGCCAGCCUGGACAGAACUCGCAUGGUGGCGCCCUUCAUGGGCAUCAGCCCCAUACCGGGCGCCGAGAGGUUCCCCUACCCGGCCUUCCACUGGGACCCCAUGCGGGACCCCUACAGGGGCCUGGACAUCCACAGGCGGGACCACCUGGCCCGGGACCUGCUGAUGAGGAACGACCCGCUGCACCGGCUGGCGGGGCCCCGCCUCUACGAGGCCGAGCGCUCGUACCGGGACCGGGAGCCCCACGACUUUAACCGGGAGCACCAGCAGUCCACCGUGCACGCCCUGGCCAUGGAGCAGCGGCGGGAACAGGAGCGCGCCCACAUGGAGGAGCGCGAGCGCCUCCACAUGCUCAGAGAGGACUACGAGCACGGGCGCCUGCACGCCGCCAUGCACCACCAGGUGAUGGACGGGCACCUCCCCCACGGGGGGCCGGGGCUCCUCGCCCCCGGGCUACCCAGCAUGCACUACCCCAGGGUCAACCCCUCGGCGGCUGCUGCUGCGGUGGCGGCCGCUGCCGCCGCCGCCGUGCAUCAGAACAGCAUGAUGAACAAAACGCCGCCCACCGCCUCUCUCAGCGCCCCCCCGCCUCUCAUCCCCACGCUCGGCACGCGAGUGGGCUCCCCCAGACGGACUACGCCCCUGGCCACUGACAUCAGAGACAGACCCUCCUCGCACAACCACAAAGACAUUGAGGCGCGCUGAGCAGAUGGGACCCUCUCUCUCUCUCUCCCGCCACAGACUUGAAGGCGUGUGGAGCGCCGCCGCGCAGCGCAGCCUUGUGUCCCAAACGCAUUGAACUCACACCAAGCACUUAGCCUUGGGCGAACCACGACUGUACCAUAUCUGUGAAUAACUUAUGUAGGCAGAGUCAUGCCUAGUAAAAAUCAUUGUUUUGGGUUGUUUUGUAUAAAAAACACAAACAAGGGACAAAAUCUUAUAACAACAACGAAAAAAACUUUUUUCAGGGUGGCUUUUUUGGCUUUUGUUUGCCCAGUUUUGUCUAGUGUUCUGUGUGCAUUGGUUCUCUCAAAGAGUUGGGGUUAUAUGAUGGAGGCUGUAUCCACCGAUCCUCCACGCUGGAAUGUGAAGGUACUUGGAAGGAGUGGGAGACAGAAGCAUGUAGAUACAUGUACAGUCAAUGUGCUCCCCUCUGUAUGGAUUACAACCGAGGUACAAAAUAUGCAACGGGGAGUUUUUGGAAAGCUUUACUUUAAUUGUACAUAGAGGAGUAUAGUUUGGAGAAUCAGAAUGUGCUGUUUUGCAGACAGAUAUUUUUGUUUUCGUUUUUGGUUCGGUUGACAAACUAAUUGACAUUGUACCAUACGACAUACCCACACCCGCCGCCCUUAUCCCUGCCUUCAACUAUGCAACACACAUCUGGGCUCCCUCUCUGAAAGCUGGCCUUCUCCACACAUCUGUACACACCGUGUAAUGACCGAGGCAUAAACUGCAUUCUCUCCCCAAUUCAAAAGACCCAUAUGUGGAGAUCUUAUGAGUAAGGACAAGCUUUAUCCGAGCCGUGUGGGCUCUGUAUUAAACACAUCUUCUGAUGAAUCGCAUAUCGAUGUAUUUCCAACAGUACAUGCGACGUAAAAAGCGAAAAUGCAAAAGUGUAAUUCUUUGAUAUAGAAAUUUUAUCUCGCAAGUCUAAUUCUGGAGAGAAUGAGCAGUCAACAAUACAGAAAGAGCAUACCGCUAGCCCUAAUUGAAGGAAUGUAAAGUACGUGUUUUCUCUGAGAAAAUUGUUGGUUCAUGGGCAGUGUAUUAUUAAAAGUGCUCCACACCUUUAAGUUGUUGUACGUACUAAUUGAAAAGACAAAAAAAGGCAGUUUGUUUUCCGAUGAGCAGCAGAGAUCUAUUUUUAGUAGUUCACUGGAGGUUUAGUUUUGCGCUUCAAACUCUGUGAGACCAUGUUGUGCAGUGAAGUUUUUUCUUUUUCAAUCCAACAUUCAAAAUGUCCAACAGAGCCAUAGUGGUUUUAGUCAACGCGUAUUGCAAAAAAAGAUUGUUAAAUAAGAAACUUUUUUUUUUGCUGUUAAACAUGUACAAGGGAAAAAUUAAGUCUUUAUAGAUCAUGUACAAAAAAUAUGAAAAAAUGAAGCGACUGAAUCUUCAGCAUGCUCCUCAUGUAAACUUGUGUUAUGUUAAUUGUGCCAUGUUAUUAAAAAAUGUGUACUAAACUUGUCUGAUACCUACUCAUACACAAUGCUAAUGACUUUGUGCCAUGCCUCCUUUUUUAUUAUUGACAGUUUGGGUGCUAAUGAUAAACAAACCCUAAGGAUUGUUGAUACAUAUUUACGUAUUAAAAACUAGGACCAAUUCAGCCGUUUAGUUUCCCAUGAUGAAUAAAAAACGUGUUUGAUUGGAAAGACAGUGUGGUAACGUUGGAGCACCUGGCUUUAAAUUAAUUCUUUCGACAAUUAAUUUAAAACCACACACUACAACGGCUAGGCCUAUUUACUUAAAGAAUGGAUACAGUUCAAUAAAAAGCAACGUGCUUUUUGAAAGAAUAGAAACGUCUUCAUUGAUGAUAGAAACACUAAGUUGUUGACAUUUCCAGUAUACUGCCACAGGAACGUGGUCAUGAUUCAGGGAGCUUUAUCAGUAAUUAAUGUUGGCUUAUCUAACUUCUCACUGAACUAUCAAAACAGCCUUGUGUGCGGUUAUUUUUUAAAGCCAGGAGAGGGUGCUAAAGUUCACUUAAAAUUACUGGCAGGCUAUUGGGCUAUUGUCCUGAUUGAUGGUAAGUUUUUAUUUAUGAAUAUUUCUACCCAGGCCUGUAUUACGUUAUCUACAGGGCAAAUUAAGAAGGGGGACCUAACAUAAAGGCCAUUAUUUAUUAUAUAUAAAUAAAAUGGCUUAUAUAUAAAACGGCAACACUACCCAUAACAAAGAA